UUCGAGAGCGGGGCACGUGACGCGCUCGGGGCCAGAACGUUUGCUGGGGGUUGACGCAAGAGGCCCGCGGAGAGGUGAGUCGGGGGUCGGCACCGGAAGGGCGCGCUUCUAGGGUGCGAGUUCCUGUGGGGCGCUGCCCCUCGCCCUUCCCCUCCGUGGGGGAGCCCAAACGGAGCAUGGUGCUUGCUGCGUCAUUAGAGGGACAGUUUCCUCCCUACUUUCUCUGGCUGACUCCCCCCAGUCAGGUAGUUAGGUAAAUAGAAAGAGUCUGCCCUUGCCUGCCGCCGCCAUGUUUGCAGCGAGGUUGGUGUGCCUUCGGGCGCUCCCAUCCCGAAGUCUACGCCCAGCACUCACUCCCAUUUCACCAGCCUGGAGGAGUUCCGCUCUGAAGACGAACCUGUCUCUCUCUCAGCCUUAUCAGGGAUAUGCUACCAGAGCCAGGAUGGGUUUGCGCCGUGGAAAAACCGGUCAAGAAAUGAAGGAAGCGGCUUUUGAACCUGCCAUGGAAAAAGUCUUCAAAGUUGAUCAGAUGGGAAGAUGGCUCGUUGCCGGCGGUGCCGUUGUCGGUCUCGGGGCUCUUUGUUAUUAUGGUCUGGGUCUGUCUAGCGAAAUUGGAGCCAUCGACAAAGCUGUCCGGGCAAUCGGUGCGACCUUUGCAGCAAUGAUUGGGGCCGGCAUGUUGGUGAGGUCGAUUGAUUACGAGAGCAGCCCUGGGCCGAAGCACCUUGCUUGGAUGCUGCAUGCAGGCGUUAUGGGCGCAGUGGUGGCUCCUCUGACUCUUCUGGGCGGCCCCCUGCUCAUCCGAGCCGCUUGGUACCGGCAGAAUGCUGGACCUCAUCGGACGGUGGCCAUGUGUGCGCCAAGCGAGAAGUUUCUGAACAUGGGAGCGCCCUUGGGCGUCGGCUUUGGCCUUGUCCUCGCCUCUUCUCUUGGAUCCAUGUUCUUUCCCCCAACAUCUGUCUUUGGGGCCGGCCUGUACUCUGUCGCUGUUUACGGCGGACUGGUCCUUUUUAGCAUGUUCCUGCUCUAUGACACCCAGAAGGUUAUCAAGCGUGCAGAGACUCAACCACUGUAUGGUGUUCAGAAGUAUGAUCCCAUAAACUCGUGCAUGGGCAUUUACAUGGACACCCUCAACAUCUUUAUCAGAGUGGCUGCCAUUCUUGGCGGCGGCGGCAGCAGGAGGAAGUAAAUAGCAACUUGACCGGUCAUCCGAUGCUUUGGUGUAUCUGCUUAGUGCAUAGUAGCGAAUAAAAGUAUCGUCGUGUACAAGCAGCAGUCUUGGAGAAGUCGGAUCUUCCCAUCACUUCAGUACGAUCACUCAGACAUUUCCGAUAUAAUGUGACUUGACUCUUGGUUUCCUGUUUCAACUUAAAUAAAUAAAAAGUGGCAACUGGG